AUGUCUGGUUUUUCGUUGGUUUUCUUGUUGCUUUUUAUUUGCAGGAAGUCGCCACGUAAUGGAGUCGCACUGAACAUACACAAUCCAUUGUCUCUAUUCAAGGGUGGUUUCAGUCGCCAUCGCGAAACGGCAUUGAUAGUGCACGGCUUCAAUGGCACCGCUGUCGACAUCCAUUUGCAGUUUUUACGCGAUGCCUACCUAUCACGCAAUUUCAACGUCAUAACUGUUGAUUGGCGGCCGCUAACGCGUUACCCCUGCUAUUUGCAUGCUUUGAUCAAUACGCGCUUAACAGCUCAGUGCACUGCUCAGGUUUAUUCUUUCCUCACGCAUCAUGGUGCGAUGCGUGAAAAGAUCACCUGCAUUGGCCACUCACUCGGCGCCCAUAUCUGUGGUAUGGUUUCCAAUCACUUAUCGAUAAAACAGCAUCGGAUAAUCGGCCUCGAUCCGGCACGUCCACUUAUUGAACGCAAGAAAGGUCACAUCUUUCGGUUAUCUAUUGAUGAUGCAACCGUUAUACAGGUGCUGCAUACCAAUGCGGGGUUUUUGGGUCAGGAACAGAAUAUCGGGCAUCUAAAUUAUUGCGUUAAUGGAGGGCGAUUUCAACCAUUUUGUAAAGGAAACCCGAUAAGACGGGCUCGCUGCUCGCAUUACUUAAGCAUUUGCUUUCUUGCCAGCGCUAUGUAUAAGCAUAAAAAGUUUGUGGGCGUUUCUUGUCCUAACGGUUGUGUAGAAUUAAGAGGACCCAGGCGUUUGCCAGUGAGUGGGAAGAGUCCUUUUGGUGUGGUUUCUCAGAUAAAGGAAUAUUAUAUUGGCAACGAUGCGCCAGACGAUGCCAGAGGUUGUUUCUGCAUCGAUAUGCCGUUUGUAAAACAUUGUCCGUUCAAUGAUCAGACUUGAGUAUAGUUAAAGUAGAUUAUAAUAGUUUAAAGUAAAUUUAAUGUUUAGCUAAAUAUAGCCACUUUUAUUUAACAAUUAAAUUAAUAUAUUUCUAAAAUUUAUUUUUAAAUUGUUUGCAAUAACUUAUU